AUGUCUGGGGCUAAACAACUUGUGCAAAUUAAUCGUUGUAAAAAAAGAAUUAAAACGUUAAUGCUUGCAAUGGGACUAUGGCCAGUAAAAAAUCCAACAAUUAUUUAUCGAAUACGACCAUAUAUUGUUGGAUGUUCAAUAUUUUUGGUAUUUCUUGGUCUUUGUAAUUUUAUUUAUCAUAAUUCUCAUAUUUUAACAAUUGCACUGAGAGGUGUAGGUUUGGCAUUAAGUCUUACAGCUGUUAUGAUUAAAAUUGGAUCUUAUAUUUAUUAUCGAAAAUUAUAUCUUGAAAUUGAGGAUAUUCUAAAUGAAAUAAUGGCUGAACAAUUAACUAAAGAAAAUAUUAUAAAAAUAAUGCUAGAUCCAAUUGUUUAUUUUUCAACAAAAGUAUCAUGGUUUAUAUUUUUUUCUGGCUAUGGUAUUAUGUCUGUAUUAUUUUCAAAACCAAUAAUUUUUAUGUUUAAAGAAUUGAUAAAUAAUGUGCAACCAUUUAAAUACAUGUUACAUUAUCCAUUGGUAUAUCCUUAUAAAAUUAAUAAUGAUUUAACAUGGAUAGCACAUUUUAUAUUUGAAUCAUUUGUUAGUAUUUUUUUUUGUACUGUUGGAACAAGUACUGAUAAUACAUUUGGUUAUUAUUCAUCUCAUAUUAUGGCACAAUUUCGUACGUUAAAUUAUGAAAUUGAAAAUAUUAAUAAUAAUGAAAAAGUAGCAUUUGAUGAAAAAAUUAAAUCAUUAAUUGUACGACAUAAACAAUUAAUUCAUUGUUGUGUUUUAUUACAAAAUGCAAAUGGUCCAAUUGUUUUGAUAUUAUCAUUAACAACAGCAGUUAUACUUUGUACUUUGUUAUUUCAAAUAAGUCAGAUGAAAAAUAUAUUAUUUGGUCAACUUAUUUGGCUAACAGUUUAUAUUUCUUUUAAAUUAUUUCAAACGUUAAUUUAUGCUUGGUCGGGUGAAAAAAUAACCAGCGAGAGUGAACAAUUUAGAGUUUCAGUAUACGCGUGUAACUGGGAAAAAAUGGAUUAUCAUUCGAGCGCCAAGAGUCUGAUCAUCAUGAUGAAUCAAAGACCAGUAAAUCUCAAAGCAUGUGGAAUAUUACCGAUCAAUGCAACACUCUUCACAUCAAUGUUAAAUGGCUCAUUGUCAUAUUUUUUCCUGUUACGCUCUCUACAAGAAUCUUAAUAAUUAAAAUAUUAUAAAAAUUGAUAAUUCGC